UUGUACGAUAGUUGGGCGUGGAGUGCAAUUUAUUAUUUACAAAUAAAAUUAAAAACAAAAUAAUAUAUUAAUUAAAAAUUAAAAUAUAGCGAUAAUUGAAAAUGGGUGCCAGCAACCGAAAUACGCGCAUAGCUGUUGGAUUAUCAGCAUUUUCGUUUUUAUUAUUUUUCAUAGCUUUCGUUUCGCCCUAUUGGUUAGUCACAGAUGGAACAUUAAGAGCACCACGAUUUACAAACCUCGGCCUAUGGGAGGUGUGUUUCAACAAUUUCACAGAUAUACAUCGAUUCUACGAUACAGUCUUCACAGGCUGCAUGUGGGUUUUUGAAGAAGAAUAUUAUAUUAUACACGACUUCUUACUGCCUGGAUUUUAUAUUGCUGUGCAAUUCUUCGCCACGCUCUGUUUUGUAAUGUGCCUAAUAACACUUCCCUUGACACUCGCCUUCUUACGCACAUCCAGAGACGAUGAUCGAUACGUUGUAUUAUUAUUAACAAAGGGCUCAUGUCAAAUAUUGGGUUCAUUAUUUGGCUUCAUAGCUGUUGUAAUAUUUGGUGCUAAAGGUGAUUCUCGUGAUUGGAUGCCAGGUUGGCAAACAAAUGAUAUGGGUUGGGCAUUUGCAUUCGCCGUUGUUGGUGCUGUAAUGCUACUACCAGCUGGUAUACUAUAUAUCGUCGAGGCACGACGUGAACGUUAUAAGCGCCUGAAUGAAAUUAGUAAUCGUGAUGUUAGUGAAUAUGGUGGUCAAGAGGAAGUGUAUCAGCAACAAGCGCAACAAUAUUUUGCACCAGAAUCAAGUAGACCCAGACGUCCACAACCUGGUCAGCGUGCUGCUCCUGCUACGAUUGAACCAUCGGCACCAGGGCCGAGUGGUGGUAUACAAACAGAUAUUUAAAUGUGUAGUAAUAUUAGCAACAAAAUAGGUUACAUAGUAGUUUAAUCAGUUUAUUUUUUUUUUUUGAAUCUUAGUGGCGACUAAAUAUUAAAGAAUUUUUUUAUGAACUACUGUGUCAAUCUUAAGUUCAGUAUAUCCAAUACACAAACUGUGUAUUUCACUUAUUUUAACAAUUCCGUCCUAAUUUUAAUCUUAAUUUUUAUGUAUGUUAAUAAUUUAAAUGACUAAGACGAAUUAACACAACUCGAAUUGUCUAUGCGUAUUACUUUAGUAUUCUAAAUUUUUAUAAUAUGGGUCAAUACUACUAGAAGGAAAACAAACUAAUCAGAUAUAUUACAUAGUCAAUAUUUCCAACUAUUAAGUAGUUGUUGUUGUUACUGAAGAAGUGAGCAACACUUGACAGUUUGUAGAAAGUGGAAGCUUUGGUAUGCAGACCCUGUAGCUCUAUUAGAUAAUUAUUAUUUCAAGUUCUUGAUAGUCAAUAUUUGUAAUACCAAUUUUGCAAAACUCAUACAUUUUACCAAAAUAUAUUUUGCCAAGUUUUAGACCACAUUUUUUUUAUUAGUUCGUGCGAAAGAUUCCCUUUACAGUUGGAAAUUCUGCAAGUCAAUUAUAACGAAAUUGGUAUAAAUUGGUACUUUUUAUGCUAAUGCUGAUGGAAUAAGCAAAAACUAAAACUAAAUAGUUCCAAACUAAAUAGUUAAAAUAAGCUAUACUUAUAUAGUUACUAUACUGAUUUAACCCUGUUCCCGUCAUUGAUUAUGUUUUCGUAUAUAACAUAAUAUUUAAUAUGUUUAUGUUAUGAACAACAUCAAUUCAGCGUAAUUCAAUCAAAUCCAUCUAUAUAAAAAAUGCGUUAUGGCUGCUGGACCCUAUGAUGAUAUGCAAUAAAAAGAAUAAUGAUGAAUACAUAUUACUGAAUAUGUUUAUAACACAAUAAAAGUAAUAGCAAAUAUAAUGCAUACGCAUGCAUUUGGAUUGGAUUGAAUGUUCCAAAAAUGAUCGGGUCUACGUUCCGGAGCUACUUGUCAAUUUUGACAACCAUUUAACACGUAUAAAAGAGAAUACACAAGCAGUAACAACAAAAAUAAUAUAUAUAAUUGAAUAGAUAUUACUACUGAAAUUUGUUGACAGGUUUUAGUGAAGAUCAUUAUUUUGAAAAAAAAGUUCCUAUACACUAUAUGUUGAUAGAACUUGAUUUUUGAGGUAUUGGACUUAAAAGUUGUAAACUUUCAAUGAUGGGAUAUUUUUCCUAAUUGAUGUAAACAACAUUUAAUAGAACAAUUAAUAAUCAGUGUGACAUUUUUAAUGUAUGACUAGAUUAAUUUAGUAAAUAUUUUUAUUUUAUUUUUUUUGAUACAAUAGCACUAU